AGAAGAAGAAGAAGAAGAAGAAGCAGCAGCAGCCCAAAAUAAAAAGACGACAACGGCCGCCAUUGCUCCCCAACUACGUAGCACGGUGGACAAGUAGUCGGGUUCUCUAAACAUCUCGUUUGACGUUAUUCGACCCACGUUCUCACUCGUCGUCGUUUGGACCAACAUGUCGGACGAAGGUAAACUGUUCGUCGGAGGACUGAGCUUUGAGACCAACGAGGACUCUCUGGCUGCGGCCUUCAGCAAAUAUGGAACCAUCGAAAAAUUAGAUGUGAUCCGAGACAAAGAGACGGGCAAGUCCCGCGGUUUUGGCUUCGUAAAAUUCGACAACGCAGAAGAUGCCCUCGACGCACUAAACGGCAUGAACGGCAAAACGCUGGAGGGUCGAUCAAUCCGUGUGGAUGAAGCCGGAAAAGGGGGCCGUGCCAGGGGAGGUUUCAGUGGACCACGAGGAGGCGGAGGAGGCCGCGGAGGGGGCGGAUUCGGCGGGCGUGGAAGAGGUGGCGGCGGAUACGGCGGAGACCGCAGCUACGGAGACAGAAGCUACGGCGAUAGAAGCUACGGUUCCGAGGGCAGGUUCUCCGGCGGCAACCAGUACAGGAGUAGCGGCGGCAGCGGAGGUGGCGGCGGCAGCGGCGGCGGAUACUCGAGCUACCGCGACAACCGGAGCCAGGGGGGAUCCUACCGCGAGGGCUACGACAGCUACAGCGCUAACGAGUAACCCCCCCCCCGGUUCACGAUCAUCACCUGGCUGGCUCUAUUUCAAAGAUGCGCUCCUCGAGAUCGAUCGAGAGAAAUGUCCACGUGUUAUUUCUGACUUUAGUUUUAGUAACGUUACUUCUGUUGUAGUAGCUCAAGCAUCUUGCAAAAUGGAGCCAUCAUAUUUAGGUCAUUCCUUAACGAACCAUGUUACAUAUUCCACUUCCGGACACUGCUUUAUUGGGUAUCUUUAUUCCUCAACGGUAGAUUUGUGAAAUUCACAAAUCUGUGUAAUCUGAUUAGUAUUGUAAGUCCCCAAAUGAGGACUGAAAGACUGCCCCCGUGGCCACCACCAUAUCUGAAGACUGUCAAGCACUAAAAUGUCCUGAUCCUUUUUCUUUUCUUUUUUCCCCCUCAUGGACAUAUCCGAGGGGCUUGUUCUUUUCCUUUGCUUACUCCCUGUUCAGGCUCAGUGGCUGACCUACUUCUUGCCAGGUUUUAAAGUGAGGCAAGACAUUCGAAUUACUCCAUAAAGAGACUUUCGAUGGAUUUUAUACGACGUUCCCUUUUACUCUUAAAGUCCAGUGAGGCUCCUGAGUUCGACGAGUGAAUUCCUUUCAGACUGGACUACAAUUGUGUGCGCUGCUCACCAUCUGUGUUUAUAAAUCUGCUGUAAAAUGGACUAAUCUUAAGUGAAAAAUGUAACUGUUUCCCUAAGUAAUAGCUCAACCAAGUUUUGUACUUUAUGUUCUUUGUAUGAACCAUUUUUUGAGUUUGGCUUCAUGGAGCCUGUUAUUAAAAAGACUGUGGAUACAAAAAAGUAA